CAGAUCCUUAACCCACUGAGCGAGGCCAGGGAUGGAACCCGGAUCCUCAAGGAUCCUAGUCAGGUUCCUUAACCGCUGAGCCACAGAGAGAACUCCCUAAACGUUGCUGUUUACAGCAUCUCUACAGUUUCUAGAUCUCCGACCUCGCGGGCUUUAUCUCCGGGAUGGGUGGGGAGUGGGGACCGGGAGAAGGGUGGGAGAAGAAGCCAAGCGAUGAGAGAAGUGUAAACUUCCCGGUCCGUUCCCCUCUCCCAUUGCAUCUUCCUAUUAUUCGCCCCUGGCAUCUGUAACUUGUUUCGUCCGCCGACUCGAUUCCCGUCUCCCGUCCAGCUCUCUCUCCAGGACCCGCAGACCCGAUGUCUGUCCCAUGGACACUUCAGAGGACGGUGCUGAAGUGAGGUCGUUCCCUCUUCCCAGCUCCCAGACCUCUUCCCUUUCUGCUCCAAGGGCGCUCGCGCCCUCCGCACCCGCACCUCCUUCAACCAAGAAGGGAGCUCUGUCAAGGGCAUCUCCUAGACGUCGCCCGCAUCCGUGAUCUGAUGUCCGUCCGCCCUGACCACCAAGAUCCCCUUGAACCUGUCACCUUCUUCCUCUUCACCCGCGUCGCUGCUUGCGCUCCUGCCGUUCCAGACCCUCCUGCCGUCGGCGCGAUUUCUUCCCACCCGCCACACAGUCCCCCGGCUGACGGCGUAUGAGUGGCUUCCGCUAGUUCGCAGCACCCAUCCAAAGCUCUCGGCUCAGCCUUCCAGACUUCACCAUCUGCUCCUGCUUGUCUUCCCCCACUUCGCGAUCAGCGCUCCAGCUCCACGACUCCGCUCUCCUGCCCCCCCCCCACCUUUCCCACUCUCCCACUCUCCCUGGCUAAACCCUUUCCACCCGGGGGUCUCGGUUUAGAUGCCAUGUCCUCCCGGAAACCUGCCCCAGGCCAGGAGACGGAAUUCAGUGUAGACGUGUCGGAGUACCUGGGGCCACUGCUGUUUGUGAAACUGCGCAAACGGCACCUCCUUCAGGAUGACGCGUGGUUCUGCAAUUGGAUCUCCGUGCAGGGUCCGGGAGCAAACGGGGACGAGUUCAGGUUCCCCUGCUACCGCUGGGUGGAGGGCGACCGCAUCCUGAGCCUCCCUGAGGGCACUGCCCGCACAGUGGUCGAUGACCCUCAAGGCCUGUUCAAGAAACACAGGGAGGAGGAGCUGGCAGAGAGAAGGAAGCUGUAUCGGUGGGGUAACUGGAAGGAUGGGUUAAUUCUAAAUAUAGCCAGCACCGGCAUACAUGACCUCCCAGUGGACGAGAGAUUUCUGGAGGACAAAAGAAUUGACUUUGAGGCUUCACUGGCCAAGGGGCUGGCAGACCUAGCUGUCAAAGACUCUUUAAAUGUUCUGAUGAGCUGGAACAGCCUGGAUAGCUUCAACAGGAUUUUCUGGUGUGGCCAGAGCAAGCUGGCUGAGCGGGUGCGGGACUCCUGGAAGGAGGAUGCCUUAUUUGGGUACCAGUUUCUCAACGGCACGAACCCCAUGUUGCUGCGGCACUCCGUUGAGCUUCCUGCCCGCCUGAAGUUCCCUCCAGGGAUGGAGGAGCUGCAGGCCCAGCUGGAGAAGGAGCUCCAGGGAGGCACCCUAUUUGAAGCUGACUUCUCCCUGCUGGAUGGGAUCAAGGCCAAUGUCAUCCUGUGUAGCCAGCAGUACCUGGCCGUCCCUCUGGUUAUGCUGAAACUGCAGCCUGAUGGAAAACUCUUGCCCAUGGUCAUCCAGCUCCAACUGCCCCGUGAGGGGUCCCCCCUGCCACCGCUUUUCCUGCCCACGGAUCCACCGAUGGUUUGGCUCCUGGCCAAAUGCUGGGUCCGCAGCUCAGACUUCCAGCUUCAUGAGCUGCACUCUCACCUCCUGAGGGGACACUUGAUGGCUGAGGUCAUUGCUGUGGCCACCAUGAGGUGCCUUCCAUCCAUACACCCUAUCUUCAAGCUUCUCAUUCCCCACUUCCGAUACACGAUGGAAAUUAACGUCCGGGCCAGGAAUGGGCUGGUCUCUGAUUUGGGAAUUUUUGACCAGGUGGUGAGCACAGGUGGGGGUGGCCACGUGGAGCUGCUCAGGCGAGCAGCAGCCUUGCUAACCUAUAGCUCAUUCUGCCCCCCUGAUGACCUGGCUGACCGGGGGCUCCUGGGAGUCGAGUCUUCUUUCUAUGCCCAAGAUGCCCUGCGGCUCUGGGAAGUCAUCUCUCGCUACGUGGAGGGAAUUGUGAGUCUCCACUACAAGACGGACGAGUCUGUGAAGGAGGAUCUUGAGCUGCAGGCUUGGUGUCGAGAGUUCACUGAGAUUGGGCUGCUGGGGGCCCAGGACCGAGGGUUUCCUGUCUCCCUACAGUCCAAGGAGCAGCUCUGCCACUUUGUCACCAUGUGUAUCUUCACCUGCACUGGCCAGCACUCCUCCAACCACCUGGGCCAGCUGGACUGGUACGCGUGGGUCCCUAACGCGCCCUGCACGAUGCGGCUGCCCCCGCCGACCACCAAGGAUGCGACGCUGGAGACGGUGAUGGCAACCCUGCCCAACUUCCAUCAGGCUUCUCUCCAGAUGUCCAUCACUUGGCAGCUGGGCAGAUGCCAGCCCACUAUGGUGGCUCUAGGUCAGCAUGAGGAGGAAUACUUUUCGGGCCCUGGGCCCAAGGCUGUGCUGACAAAGUUCAGGGAGGAGCUGGCUGCCCUGGACAAGGACAUCGAGGUCCGGAAUGCCAAGCUGGCCCUGCCCUACGAAUACCUGCGGCCCAGCCGGGUGGAAAACAGUGUGGCCAUCUGAGCAGCCCCAGCCUUGGGCUGUUUGAGCCCCUUCUGGCCAGGCCACCCCCGUCCAUUCUUUAGCGCUUCCAGUUUGGCCCGCCCUAAACCCCAUCCUCUUCCCAACUCGCACCCUCCCGAGAGAGUCGCCCUCUCACGGUCUGUGCCCACUGCAAGUGCAUUUUACUCUAGACGCACCACCCAGGGACCUCAUUCCCUUUCUUCCUUUCCCCCUCCCUUCCUGCAUCCAGGCCUCCCAGAGGGCAGGUAAUAGCCGCAUUUAUUCGAAAGGAUCCAGAACAGAACAGGGUAACAGUAGGUGUUACUCCCCACUUUUUAUGAGUCGACUAUGAUUUUGAACCUAAAGUGAGUGUAAUGACAAGAAAGAGGUACUUCAGACUAAUGAAAGAAAAGACUUGAGGCCAAACUAUCCCACAUCGAGUAUUGGCAAAAGAAGAGAGAGCCCAGCUUUCUAACCAGAUGGGAUUCACCGCGUGUCCUGAAACCAGACACGACAUGAAGCAAACCACUGACGCAGCCAAGUCCUCGAGAUUUUCAUUCCGUGGCUCAGUAGAAAACGAUAGACGGAAGAAAGCUGGUUCAGUGGCAGAAGCUGCUCCCAGCUAGAGGUAUUUGGCGUCAGGGUUUUGCCCAAGGGAUUCAGAACUAUAACUCACUUGUUGGCUUGGGGAAGCUCCCAAAUUGAAAUGAUUUUACAAAUACUAAAAAAAAUCUCAUUAUUUCAGAGUUCUUCAAUGGUGCAGUGGGUUGGGUCACUGUUGGUGUGGGUUCAAUCUCUGUGUGACCAAAAAAAAAAAAAAACAAAAAACAAAAAAAAAAACCCUCAUUAUUUUAAUAAGGGACAACAAAGGAAUAACAAAAUCCAACUUCUGUAUCUGAUUAAAGUUUUGGACAAAUAA